AUGGGCAGCAUAGGACCAGCCUUUUCCAGCUCCACGCCCCAUGUGGCCUUCCUGGGGCUUGGAGCUAUGGGCUUCGCAAUGUCUACACACCUGGUUCGAACAGGCAUACAGGUCACUGGCUUCGACAUCUUCCAGCCAACCCUCGACAGAUGGCAGCAGGAGUGUACAAAGAUACAGCAAUCUGAGAACCCGAAAGCUAAGUUUUCCACCACUACUUCAGGUUCAGAGGCAGUCAAGUCGGGAGCCAAUAUCGUGAUAUUGAUGGUCGCGACACAUCACCAUGUCAAUUCGGCGCUAUUUGACUCAGGUGCUGUCAGGGACUUACCCCAGGACGUACCUGUGAUUAUCAUGGCGACUGUGCCUCCAACACAUCCUGGGGAAGUCAGGCAGAGGUUGACAGAGGAGUUUGGACGACCAGACAUCAAGCUGAUUGAUGCGCCAGUGUCAGGUGGUGUUGCUCGUUCGCAAAACGGCACCUUGACCAUUAUGGCGUCUUCAAACGAUUCGGAGAACAUGCAGCAUCCACUCGUCUCGACGUGCUUGAAGACACUUAGUAACAACGGCGCCACACUCUACCCAAUACCUGGCAGUCUCGGAGCAGGCACCUCGGCCAAGGCUCUAAAUCAGGUGCAGUGUGGUAUUCACAUUGUUGGCGCGUCUGAGAUCAUGGUCCUCGCAGCGCUAGCAGGCCUCAACACCACACAAUUUAGCCAAACAGUGGCGACUGAUGUCAUGGACUCGAGUACAGGUAAAGAGAGACAUCCAUAUGGCUGGACUUGGAUGUUCACAAAUCGUGCGCCACGCAUGCUCGACCCGGCACUACCUAUCGCAUCGGCCAUCAGUAUCAUUAACAAAGACGUGGGAAUUAUCUACGAUGAAGAAGCCCGACUCAAGACCGAACUACCACUGCUCAACGCAGCGCAUAGUCAAUUGAAGAUAUGCAUGGACAGCGGGAUCGCAGGUUGGGACGAUGCUUUCAUUACCAAGUACUAUCUGGAUCCAUCCUUGAAAAACGAACAGAAACAACAACUUGUGGUCGAACAUGCACAGGAAGGUUACACUGCUGACGCCGACGCCGACACAGAACAGAUAGUUCUACAAGCCCACUGCCUCAUCAACCUGAUAUCCGCAUACGAGACUGUAAAGUUUGCAGAAGCACUUGAUCUCAUGGGUCCCAGGCAACGAGCUAUGUGGUCUGAGCUCAUUGCUGGCGCAGCUGGUGGUUCGACAGUCUUCAGCGAGGUGAUACAACAUGUAUUCGAGGCUUCAAAUUGGCACGAUGGCUUCAAGAUCUACGCUCGGAAUCAAGUUGGAGCGGGUAAAGCUUGGGACAUCGAGAAGGUAGAAGGUCUGUUGAAGAAGGCUAAGCAGGCAAACCCGGAUUUCGAGCCCAAGCUGGUGGAACAAGCCAUCAAGUUGAUCAGGGAGGUAUUAUUAGAUUGGAUCUGCCACGGUGCACAGGACGAAAAGAGCUGA